GGGUGCGGAUGAGGCUUGGCCACUUUGCAUAUCGCGUUCAAACCAAUCAGCGGGAUCUGUGUGUUCUUAGCUGCGGCGAGUGAUUCGAGGCGCCACAUGAAAGAAGGGGAGUCGUAAUUUAGGGGAGUAGCCAACGGUAAUGCCAUUCUACAGAUGUUUGUAUCUCCAACUCGUGUCCUGUCAGACGCGCCUGGCAGAACAGAGAACUGGAGGACGGUGUGAUUGUAAUGCGCUGAUCUUUACACUUUAAAAUAUCUGUACAACAUCGGCCACCUUCAAACCUGUUCCUUUUUUGUUUACACCAAAGGGGGAUUACGUUGCCGUGGUCAUCGUUUUGUGGGAAUUUUGUGAAUUGUUUUUCUGCUGUUUUCUCUAAACUUGUACUGGCUGGUUUACUAGGAAAUGGCAAAGCCAGCGUCUGCGACGGGAACAAGACAAGGAAAGGACGUAGGAAAUCGUUGCUAAAUUACACAGGAUGCGAGAGACUUGAAGCUCAUAAGACGAAAUUUUAAACGUUGAGAUAUUUCGGAGUUGUUUUUGUUGUUGCUCUGCAUCGCCUGAGCCGACGAGUUCUCAGAGGAGAGUGUUUUUUUUCUGGUUUCUGGUUUUCUUUUUUUCUUACAACUCAAGGAUGCAUUGUGGAUUAGCGCUGUUCAUUUUAUCCAGAAUCGUCCUUGCCCAAGCUCUCAGUGACAAAUGCGGAGAUAACAUCCUAAUUUCAAAUCCUAAUUACCUCACUUCCCCUGGAUAUCCAUUGGUCUAUUAUCCGUCUCAGAAAUGCGUGUGGGUGAUCGAGGCUCCAGAACCAAGCCAGAGAAUUUUAAUCAACUUCAACCCGCAUUUUGAUCUGGAGAACCGAGAAUGCAAGUAUGAUUAUGUGGAGGUGCGGGAUGGGGGGGGGCAGGCUGACCCCCUGGUGGGGAAGUUCUGUGGGAAGAUCGCCCCGUCCCCCAUCAUCUCCUCCAGCAGCCAGCUCUACAUCAAGUUUGUGUCCGACUACGAGACGCACGGAGCUGGCUUCUCCAUCCGCUACGAGGUCUUCAAACGAGGGCUGGAGUGUUCACAGAACUACACCUCCACCGGCGGGGUGAUCCAGUCCCCCGGUUUCCCGGAGAAGUACCCCAACAACCUGGACUGCACCUUCAUCGUGUUCGCCCCGGGAAUGUCCGAGAUCCUGCUGGACUUCCACAGCUUCGAGCUGGAGCCCGACACUACCCCGCCCAACGGCGCCGUCUGCCGCUACGACUGGCUGGAGAUCUGGGAUGGCUUCCCCGGAGUUGGGCCACACAUCGGCCGGUUCUGUGGACAGACUUCGCCUGGGCGGGUGAUGGCCCACACCGGCAUCCUCUCCAUCACCAUGAACUCUGACAGCGCCAUCGCCAAAGAGGGCUUCUCUGCCAACUUCACCGUCAUCCAGAGACCCACGCCAACCGACUUCCAGUGCCGGGAAGCCCUGGGAAUGCAGUCCGGAGAAAUCCCGGCAAAGCUCAUCACCUCCUCCUCCCAGUACAACAGCAACUGGGCCCCAGAGCGUGCACGGCUGCACUACCACCAGAACGGCUGGACCCCCUCUGAGGACUCCCCCCGCGAGUGGAUACAGGUGGACCUUGGCUUCCUGCGGAAUGUGGUGGCGAUCGGCACGCAGGGCGCGGUCUCCAUGGAGACGAAGAAGCCGUAUUUUGUGAGGUCAUAUAAAGUGGACGUGAGCUCUAACGGGGAGGACUGGGCGCCGCUGAAGGAUGGGCCCCGACAGAGGGUUUUCCAGGGGAACACUAACCCCACAGAUGUGGUCAUCCGGGAUCUUCCCAAACCCACUCUGGCUCGGUUCAUCCGGAUCCGGCCCGUUUCCUGGGAGACAGGAAUCUCCAUGCGCUUUGAGGUGUACGGCUGCAAGAUCUCAGAUUUCCACUGCUCGGGAAUGUUGGGAAUGGUGUCGGGGCUGAUCCCGGACUCCCAGAUCUCGGUGAGUCAGGCGGAGCGCGGCUGGGCGGCGGAGGGCGCGCGGCUGCUGACCGGCCGUUCAGGCUGGACCCCCCCGGGGGCCCCCCCGGGGGCCGCCCCGGGGGCGCUGUGGCUGCAGGUGGACCUGGGGGAGGAGAGGCUGGUGACCGGGCUGCUCCUGCAGGGGGCCAAGCAACGCGAGAACAGGCUCUUCACCAAGAAGUUCCGCCUGGCCUACAGCAACACCGGCCUCAACUGGACCCACGUCCUGGACCACGGAGGGGCCAAGCCCAGGCUCUUCGAGGGGAACCAGAACUACGACACGCCAGAGAUGCGGACCUUCGCUCCCCUGCUCACGCGCUUCCUGAGGCUGUAUCCGGAGAAGGCCUCACUCGCCGGCCUCGGCCUGCGUCUGGAGCUCCUGGGCUGUGAGCUGCAAGAUCCUCUGACCACCCCACCCCCUGAGACCACGCCCCCUGAUGACAUCACGGUGCUCGCAGACGAGUGUGACCCGGAGCAAGCGGUCUGUGAGACUCAGGAGCAGGACGCCAUGACAGAUGUCAGCACCGUGGCCGAUCCCACAACACUGGAGGUGGAAAUUGUCCCAGACUACCUCUGGUUUGCGUGUGACUUCGGCUGGGCCACGAGGCCCUCGCUGUGUGGCUGGACCCCGGAGAGAGACGUCAACGCCCUCUGGCUCGUCCAAUCAAGUGGCACGCCGGCCGUCAACACCCGCCCCAGCACAGACCACUCAGGCGGGUCGGGGAACUACAUCUAUAUGCCUGCGCUGCAGGAGGGCAAGGAAGUGGGCCGGCUGGUGAGCCCCCUGGUGAGUGGGCCGGGCUCGGACCUGUGCGUGUCCUUCUGGUACCACAUGUUCGGGUCGCACGUGGGCACCCUGCGUGUCAAACAGAGAAAGGAGCUGCAGGAUGGCCGGGCCGACGCCCUCCUCUGGACCCUGAGCGGUCACCAGGGCAACCGCUGGAGAGAGGCCCGCGUGCUGAUGCCCAACUCUAAUACACCUUAUCAGGUGGUGAUCGAGGGCGUGAUGGAGUCUCCGAGCCUGGGAGACAUCGCUGUGGAUGACAUCAGGAUCCUGGACGGUCUCCACAAGGCCGAAUGCACGGACCCAGAUGUUCCAACAGAGGAAACUCAGCCGGAACCAGAAGACAACAGCAUCUCGGCAGAUUACUCAGGCAGUCUGGAGAGUGGUGAGAUGGGCAGUGCUGGGAACAUGCUGAAGACGCUGGACCCCAUCCUCAUCACCAUCAUCGCCAUGAGCGCCCUGGGGGUCUUCCUGGGGGCCAUCUGCGGGGUCGUCCUGUACUGCGCCUGCUCGCAAGGCGGCGUGGCAGACCGCAACCUCUCUGCACUCGAGAACUACAACUUCGAGCUGGUGGACGGGGUCAAGCUGAAGAAGGGCAAACUGAACUCACAGAAGUCCUACUCCGAGGCGUGA